GUCGACCACAGCCUGGGGGGCGAUGCCCCCCAGGACCCCCCUUUGGUUAGCGGCGUUGAAAAUAUUCCAACAAUGUUCGUUCUGGUCCCUUCCUGAGCAUAGUCACUUUGCUGCUUAUGAGCCUUGGAGGUUCAACUGGUCUGAGAUGCCGCUUGGGUACCCUACUCCUCCUCCUGGUUUGCUUAAGGACCGUAAGAAACGGGAUCCUACAACUGAGUCUCCUGCCUCUGAUCAGGAGGAUGACUCCGCUGGUCCUCAGGUUGCUCUCGGGUUGGCUAUAGGUCGCAAGAAACGUGAUCGUCCUGUGGUUUCUCCUGUCUCUAAUCAGAAUGAUCCUAUCAAUCCUCCAACUGCUCUUGUCCCUGCGAAGCGUACUCGUAGGACUUUGAAUUUGGCUGAGAUAACCCAAGUCAAAGAUUCUAAACCUCUUUCGCGAAAAAUAGUUCCUCCUCCGAAACAACCAUCGGGCUCUACCGAAGGUACUUCUAAAGUCAAAGGUUCCGUCGAGAAAGGUACGGUUCCAAUUCUUUCUAUUGUCGAUGUGGAGGAGUUACCCGAGAAGCUUCCCAAAGAAAUGAGCAAAGGCAAAAAAAAAAAAAAAAGGUUUAUGAUUCUGAAGAUCCUGCAUACAUCCCUGAUCUUGGAUUUUUGAAGGAUAUUUAUGUGGUUGCUCAGCAAAACCCUGUUGUUGAUUCGCCCGCCCUUGAUGCCUUUUGCACUGAUACUUUCACAGCUUGUGAUCAAGCUUCGAUGGAAGAUGCUUCGUUGGCUUUAUCUCUUCGUCAACACUCUGCUUUGAUGGCUCAGGUACAUUUACUUCUCCUUUGUGAACUACUUCUUGUUUUACACUUCUUCCUUAUUGUCUUCGUAUGAGUUCAAUCGCCACUUUGCGAAUCUUGUGGAGACUAGAGCAUCUCGUGCGAGAUUGGAGGAAGCCAAGGUUCGUAUCGCAGAAUUAGAUAAGGAACUUGCUGAAGAAAAGAACUUUUCAAUGAAGCAUGAACAGAAAGCUGAUGAACUUCGCAGUAAGUCUUCUCGUCUGAUGCAUUCAUCUUUUGCCUUAAUCCUUUUCUCUGUUAUUUUCUUAUAUUACUUUUCGUCAAGCUCGUUGUAUGAAACGUCAAAUGGAUGCCGCUGAAGAUAUUCGUGUGGAGAAUUUAAACCUCAGGACUCAGGUUGAUAGUUAUGGUAUGGAGAAUGAGAUUUUAAAAGAAAAAUUAGAGACCCUCCACUCUCAGGUAGAUCAUUUAACUAUGGGGUGUGCGAAUACUGAAGAACUUAAUCUCCAUUUGUACGAAGACAGUGAGAAUUUAAAGCUUGAACUUAGACGAGCCAGGAAUUCACUCGCAACUCUGAAUAAUCUCUAUUCUUCAUCUGUGAACUUAGUUACCCAGUUGAAAGAAGAGAAAGUCAGAAUCAUCAAGAGAAAAGAUAAGACUGAGGCAGAUCUUCGUAAAUCCCGCAACGAAGUGACAGAUCUAAGAGACGAGGUUAAACUUUAAAAAGAUGAAAUUGGUUUUCUUCUUCUUCGCCUGGAGAAACUCCAGCGUAAAAGGCCUGCCAAUUCUUCUUCGAACAAAAAACAAGUAGAACCUCAGCAAGAAUAGAUCCUUUAUUACCAUUCGUACUGAUGAAGAUAAUUCUGAAUCUGGUCACGGCAAAGGAUGGGAUAAUUCGUAUCAUGAGAUCUGUUCUCAACCGGAGUCCAUGAAUUUAGAGCUUGCCAAGCUUGAUCAUUAUAAUAUGGAUAUUCAACAAACUUUGAAUUCUACCAUCCUUUGCAAGGAAGGUAGUUUUUUGAUGCUGUGGGUGAUCUUUACUUUUCGUAAUAUUUUAUCUUCCAUUGUUAUAAUCUUUCCAUUUUUGCAGAGUCCGAGCAGCACUUCAAGAAUCAGAUUGUCCAUGUUUCUCGUGAAAGGAAUAAUCUUGCUAAUGAGGUUUCCGAACUCAAGGAAGAGGUCAAAAUGUCUGAAUGAAGAUAUGGACGAGAUGGAGAAGGAUGUUGCCAAAGUUGCAGAGAUGACUCGGAAGAACUGUGAACUCAUGAAGCAAAGCAAUUCAAUGAAUUCUGCGACAGGCGUGGGAUACCUCGUGAAAAGCUUUAUCUUGAACAGUUCUCUAGCGGCAAGUCAUCUGAUGAUGAAAGGACUGAAGCUGAUGGUGAAGGUGGUGAAGAUGGUGAAGAUGAAGAGGUUGGUAACGAGGGUGAUGAAGAUGAAGAGGAAGUUGAGCAUGAAGUUUCACUUAGGAAAGGUUUUGGUGAAUAUCUUCCACCCCAGACUCCUUUGGCAGUGCUAAUUCCACGGACAUGACACAGAACUUCUGGUGUUACUGUCGAAUUGAGCCAACCAACAAAUAGAGAAUCCUGUAUUUCAUAUUCAGCAAAGAAAGGAUUUAUUUCAUCUGAAUCUGGCAGAGUUCUAGGUGGUAUUUCUUUGGUUCCAUCUAUGAAACUAGUGAGACCGUAGCCUUUUAAGAUGGGUUGGAACUGGGUUUUCCAAAGAGAGUGAUUUGUUUAUGUAAGUUUUAAGGUAACAAGGUGAUGAAUCUGGAUAUUGCGCAUGCUAUUUGUGUUAGCUGCCAUUGUUUUUUUCGUUGAUGGUUGUUGUUGCGUUGCUUGUGUUGAAGGAAGAGUUUUGGGUGAUUGAUAAAUGCGGAAACGAUGUUGGAUCGAAGGCUGAUACCAACUUAGGAAAGGUUUUGGUGAAUAUCUUCCACACAAUACUUGUGGAGAUUUGAUUCUUAUUUAUUAGGAAAACAUUGGAUUUGUUACAUAUUUUGAAUAUAUCCUAACAAACAAAGAAGAGUU